CACACACAGUGAAAAUGUCCCCACUUGGGAGCAGCACCAGCCUGGAAUUAAACCUAUCAUCCUUCAAGCAAAGGAAACGACUAGACAGUCGAAUCCACGAGGUAAACAGAGUAAAGAAUAGAUUUCCCUGCAAAAUUCCGGUUAUCGUGGAAAGAAGUAGCCAUGAAAAAAAGUUGCCGCAGCUUCAGAAAAUAAAAUUUCUAGUUCCCCCGGAAAUCACCAUGGGACAGUUUGUCAAUAUGAUCAGGGGCAGACUAUCCCUCCUUCCCUCUUACUCUCUUUGUGUAAUGGUCAAUGAGCGUCAAAUGGCCAGUUUAUCAAUGACAAUGCUGGAAGUAUAUAGUGCACACCGGGACCAAGAUGGUUUUCUCUACAUGACGUACAUGUCUCAUGAAGUGUUUGGUUGAAGUGUCCUUCUUGAACCCACAGGAAUAGUUGUCCUUC